UUUCAUCUACCGGCUACCACUUGUCAUGGAAGACCCACCUGCCAUUGCUUCGACUUAUUGUGGAGGCAGAAACUGCAAUUGCAGACGGAGGCUAUUAAAUCUCCACCGCCCUUAGAGAGCUUUCAGUUGUCACCACCAUCAUCACCAUAGCCACCAUCAUCACCAUAGCCACCACCAUCAACGAAACUAUGUCUAUAGUGGCAGAAAUCCCGGGCUUCAUACAGAUCUUUUCCGACGGCACCGUCACCCGGUUCUCCCCGGAGAUAGCUCAACCAUCACCGGUUGUCUCCAGAGGCUACAAAUCCAAAGACAUCGUCAUCAAUCCACUGAAACCCAUCUCCGCCAGGAUCUUUCUCCCACAAACGGCCGAUUCCGCGCCCCUCCCCGUCGUCCUCUACUUCCACGGCGGCGGCUUCUGCUUCGGCUCCACCACCUGGCUCGGCUACCACUACUUCCUCGGCACCCUCUGCACCAAAUCCCAGUGCAUUGUGCUCUCCGUGGAGUACCGGCUGGCACCGGAGCACAGGAUUCCGGCGGCGUACGAGGACUGUCACGAGGCGGUCACGUGGCUGAGCUCCAAAGGAAGCGCCGGCGACGAAUGGCUGUCGCAGGCGGAUCUCCGGCGAGUGUUCUUAAUGGGGGACAGCGCCGGCGCGAACAUUGUGCACCACGUAUGCCUGCGUGUUCUGUCUUCCAAAGCAGAGAAGGUGAAGAUCGGGGGACUUUCCCUGAUCCAUCCUUACUUUGGGAGCGAGGAAAGGCUGGAGAAGGAGAGCACAGAGGCCACGAAAGUCAGCGACGCGCUUUGGCAGCUGAGUUUGCCGGUGGGAUCGAACAGAGAUCACUUCGCCUGCAACUUCGAGACGGCUGAGGAUGGGAAAGAAGUAGACUGGAGCAAGUUUCCUGCUACUCUGGUGCAUGUAGCAGGGGAGGAUCUGUUGAGCCAGAGAGGGGUGAUGUAUGAGGGGUUCUUGAAGAGGAAGGCGGUGAAGGAGGUGGAGCUGGUGCUGCAAGAGGGCCAGCCCCAUGUUUACUUCUUAUUCAGCCCAGAAGAUGCCGCCACCACAAGCCUGCAUGAGAAAUUGUAUCAGUUCAUACAUCGCCUUGACUGAUUGGCGUCUGUUCCACCUAGUUUUCAAUUUCAGAAGCAAUAAUAAAUCAAAUCUCUGUUUCA